UUCCUGAGGAAGGGUGAGGUCGCUUUGGUCCCAGGCCCCUGCAGCUAACUGAUUAGCACGUACUACAGGAAGUUGUACAGCCCGAGGUUAGGCCAGGAACUUUCUGCUUUCGUAAGGUUUGGUAAGGCAAGGAAGGUCACACAAAGUUCAAGACACAGCUGUCCGGAGUCAGUCUCCAACAUUAGGCCUUAGUUUUUGGGUGAAAGCAUUUUGGUCUUAUUUCUAAGACGGCCCAUUUUGGUCUCACGCUCACAUAUAAGCACACACUUCUACAGCCACCUUAUUUUCAUCAAAGAGGCCAAUAGCACACUUUGAAGAAAGGACAACACCUUCAACAAAUCAUACUGAUCAAACUGGAUGACUAUGUGUAGGAAAAUGAAAUCAGAUCUUUAUGUCCUACCCUGCACAAAACUCUGUGGUGAUAUUGUGUUCCCCAAUAUAUUGUGCACCCUAAUAAACUUAUCUGGGGUCAGAGAACAGAACAGCCACUAGACAGACAUAGAGGCCAGAAAAUGGUGGCACACACACACCUUUAAUCCUAGCAUUCCAGAGGCAGAGAUCCCUCUGGAUCUCUGUGAGUUCAAUGCCACACUGGAAACAGCCAGGUGUGGUAACAAGAGCCUUUAAUCCCAGGAAGUGAUGGCAGGAAGCAGAAAGGUUUAUAAGGUGUGAGGACGAGGAACUAGAGCCUGCUUAAGCUUUUAGGCUUCUAGCAGCAAUUCAGCUGAGAUUCAUUCUGGAUGAGGACUCAGAGGCUUCCAGUCUGAGGAAACAGGAUCAGCUGAGGGAUUGGUGAAGUGAGGACGCUGUGACUUGUUCUGCUUCUCUGAUCUUCCAGCUUUAACCCAAUACCAGGCACUGGGUUUGUUUUUUAUUAAUAAGACCUUCUAACAAUUCGUGCUACAAAACUCAAUGGACCAAGAACCUUAACAUAAGACCUGGAAACCCAAUCCUAAUUAACAUGGGAGAAAGCAGGAGAUAUACUCGAACUCAUUGGUACAGGAAAGGACUUCCUGAAUAAGACCCUGGCAAUGUAGACAUUAAGACCAAUAACUGAUAAAUGGGACCUAAUGAAACUAAAAAGUUUCUGAAUAGAAAAGGACACCAUUACUUGAGUGAAGCAGCAGCCUACUGAAUGGGAAAAAAAUCUUUACCAGCUUUAUAUAUGAUGGGGAGUUACUAUCUAGAAUAUGCAAAGGACUCAGAAAACUAAACACCAAGAAAACAAUAACCCAAUUUAAAAUUGUAGCAUAGAACUAAACAUAAAGUCCUCAAAAAUGAAAUAAAAAUAGCUGAGAAACAUUUUUUUCCUGUUCAACAGCCUUAGCCAUCAGAGAAAUGCAGACUAAACUGCUUUGAGAUUUCAUCUUACCCCAGUCAGAAGAUUAAUUUUCUACAAGGGCAUUUUCAUCAUUUGUAUAGGGGGUGGGGAAUGUCAUUGAAGUCUUGCAAAAAGACAGAACGGAUGAGUCCUGUCUCCCUUGACAAUCCUGAGUUGAUCUCUGAAUGCUGACACUGUGUGACAUAAAGCAUGUGUCUUUGCAAAAUAAAAAUAGCACAUCCCUCACGUCCUGUUUGUCUUUCUUCCUCCCCACCAGAUUCCGCUCAGGAGCACCCACUGAGGGCUGCAAGGUGGAAAUACAUUGUGUAAUCCUCUCACUUUCCCACUCUGUCCUCUGCCAGAGCAAGACUCACAACGGGAGAAAACACACCAAGUUACGGUGCUGGAUGAGUUGUGGCAAUGAUUAUUCCCCCUUCUGUUUUAUCCUUAGAACCCAUGUCUAUAACGCCAUGUACUCAUAUGAGCUUCCGUUUAUGUCUCAAAAUGCCAAUAAUUCAAAAGGUAGCUCCCCCAGUGUACACUGACAUGGGGAGGACACUGGCAUUCUCAGCCCACUCACAAUUGCUCAACACUGCAAACACACGUCUCGGGAAGUGACAUUGGGUUAGGACUAUGUCCAAAGGUAAUGAUGUUUUCCACAGUUUUUUUUUAAAGUAGUUUUACUCUGAUGGUUUAAAAUAUUUGUUGUUUAAUUAACAUACCCAAAUUAUCAGCAAUGAAGACAUCAACUCCUGUAACCCUUGUUGCUAUAAAUAUUUAAUGGUAUAAUUCAGACACAGUUUUGCUUUUCAUUCACAAAAGCAAUUUGUCAUUGCCAUUAAAACUUUGGUGAUUAGUAGAAUAUGAAUUUGCUCAUCUUGAUGAAUAUAUGAGUUGUUGGAAUGCCACAGGAUUAAUCAUCUACCCACUGAUUUGUUUAUCUUGUAGGGUCGGACACGUGCCACAGCGCACACACAGAGGCCAGAGCACAGCAUCAAGCAUUACUUAUCUCUUACUGUGUGGGUCCUGAAGCUCAAACUCAGGUUGUCAGGUUUGGACACAGGUGCCUUGACCUGCCCAGCCAUCUCAUGGGCUCCACAAGGUUUGUGUUUGACAUCUGGUAGAAAUCUGCCAUUCAGAGUCAACUUUGGCCUCAGUCUAUUUCAACAUCAUUUCUGGAAUCCUUGAAAUUGUGUGUGGUCACUAAUCUUAUGAUUGUGCAGCCACCACUGUCCGACAGUUGACCCUAGACACGACUUGUGAGUUAUUAGUGUGUGAAGAUCCUCUUCCCAGUGUUGCGUGCAUUUUAGAUGUGCCCUGGAGAGAAGACCUUCCUUCUAGUUUCUUACAAAAAAGACAACUUAAAACAUCAAUAUUUGUGUGAACUCUUAUAAUCAAGGAAUCUUCAGCUCGUCUUAAGCUUCAAACACCCAUUUCACUCAAAUUUAUUUCUGGUAUGAGAAAAUAAUGACAUUAGAAAUUAGUUCUUCUUGCUCAUUCUGGGAUUUUCUAUACUCAUGUAUAAAUGACCAUUUUGGUUUAAAAAUACUCUUUUGCCUUUUCUAGUUGCUAUCUACUUUGUGCUGAGAACUGUAGUGAAUGAGCAUGGGAAAAACUGAAGGUGAGGAUGUCUUACACUUAGACAGUAGCUCUCCAACCUGAUUGCUUAGCCUAGAACUGAAAAGUACAAGAAUUGCCCUAAAUACAGGAGUUCAUUAAAAGAAAAACUAAUUUAACAACAAGUACUGAACUGCAAUCUAGGUUAUUAGCAGAGGUGGUUUGUAUAUAUAAUGGGCUAAAGUUUAGACCAUGGUUCUGAUCAACUAAAAGUUGGAGUGCUAUAUUAACAAAAGUCUAUUUAUACUUGUGUUACAUCAAAAAAAACAAGCUAAUAUUUCAGUUUAUUCAGAUUUGCUAAGUACAUUGGGUUCAAAACUGUGUCUUUAAUUAAGAAGGUGGCAGUCAGUAGCCAUUCCUAAGUCCCUGUAAGCCUUUAGGUGUGAGCUCUAAGAACUCGGUGUAAAAAUGACUCAACAGACAGAUUUCCAAACUCUUACAACUGAUCCAUGCUUUCAAAAGAAUGAAUGAAGGUAUAGUUAGUGUAGCUAUUAAAUUAAAAUUUAAAAUUAAUUUUAUCGAAGAUCAUAAUGUGACCUCUGGCUUCCAAACUUGACACAUAAAUGAUCAAAUGGCAUUGUUGAAAAGGAGCCUCUCCCUUUUCUCUUUUCAGAAGAACAAGUUUCCUUAUUGCUCUAUCUACACAGCGGGAAACAGGAGAGAAAAAGAUAGGUAAAGAAUAGACUGCCAAAAUUUGUCUCAAACUAGCAAUGAUCAAUACCCAUCCAAAGAUACACAAUCUCAUCAAGGGAGCCAAAUGCAAUAUACAUUUAAUUUCAUUAAAAAAUAAUUUUCCAACAAAAUUUUCUCCUGAACCUUACAUGUAGCUUGAGUUUUCCUGCCUGGCCCACAGUCAGGACAAAUCUCUGACACCCGCCAGUCCCACAGCCACUCAGACCCGACCAAGUAAACACAGAGACUUAUAUUGGUUACAAACUGUAUGGCCGUGGCAGGCUUCUUGCUAACUGUUCUUCCAGCUUAAAUUAAUCUAUUUCUAUUAAUCUAUACCUUGCCACAUGGCUCGUGGCUUACCGGCAUCUUCACAUGCUGUUUCUCAUCGUGACGGCUGGCAGUGUCUCUCUGACUCAGCCUUCCACUUCCCAGCUUUAUUCUCCUCCUUGUCCCGCCUACACUUCCUGCCUAGCCAGUGGCCAAUCAGUGUUUUAUUUAUUGACUAAUUAGCAACACAUUUGCCAUACAGAACAUCCCACAGCACUUACACAUGACAGGAAACACAUGAUCAUUGAGUAAUAGUUCAGUACUUUUGUUUUUUGUUUUGGUUUGGUUUGGUCUUUUGUUUGUUUCUUUUGAGACAGGGUUUCUCUGUGCAGCUUUGGAGCCGUUCCUAGAACUUGCUCUGUACACCAGGCUGGCCUCGAACUCAUAGAGAUCCGCCUGCCUCUGCCUCCUGAGUGCUGGGAUUAAAGGCGUGCACGUGCACCACCACCACCACCACCACCACCACCCAGCUCAGUACUUUUUAUUUAAUCUGAGAGAGGAUUUCACUGUGCUUCCCUGGCUGGCCUAGAACUCACUGUAUAAAACACCCUGGCCUUGAAAUGGCAAGCAAUCCCUUGCCUCUGCCACACAAGUGCUGGGAUUACAGACAUGUGCCACCACACCUGGCCCCAGCCUGCUCUUUACUUCUUAUUUUGAGACAGGGUCAACAAAUUGCUUAGACUGGGCUUAAACUCACUCCUGCUCCCAUUCUAACCUUGAAGUUAUAUCCUCCUGCUUCGGUCUCAUGAGUACCAGGGUCACAGACAUGUGACCUUAUUGCCAUGGCCCUGUCAAAUUGAUUCUAACACUCGUAUCUUAAAAAGCAAAGAGGACAAUGAAUCAAUACUGAUAAAAGUGUUUCAUUUCAUCCUAGAAAAAUUAAAUAUGAAUGCUUAUCAAAUAGAAAUUAUUUUCUUAUAGAAUAAUCAAUCUUCUUUAUUUCCUUGAUAUUUAGUGAUUUAUUAAAUAUGUUUUUAUGGCGUAGGUCCAACUGAACUGUAAUUUUCUUUAUAAUAAACGAAGAUAAGGAGACCCAUAAGAAAAUAAGAGUCAAACGUCCACACAUUGGACGGUGGGCUGGGGAGGUAGUUGAGUCAGCAAAAUGCUUCCUGUGCAAGCAUCAGGACCUAAGUUUGUAUCCCAGCAUUCAUUCACAUAAAAGGCCAGGCAUGGAGGUAUACAUCUGUGUUCAUUUGCAUAAAAGGCCAGCUGUGGAGGUGUGCACCUGGGUUCAUUCACAUACAAGGCCAGGAAUGGGGGUAUGCACCUGUGUUCAUUCACAUAAAAGGCCAGGUAUGGAGGUAUGCACCUGUGUUCAUUCACAUAAAAGGCCAGCCAUGGAGGUAUUCACCUGUGCUCAUUCACAUACAAGGCCAGGCAUGGAGGUAUUCCCCUGUGCUCAUUCACAUACAAGGCCAGGCGUGGAGGUAGUCCCCUGUGCUCAUUCGCAUAAAAGGCCAGCCACGGAGGUGUGCACCUGUGUUCAUUCACAUAAAAGGCCAGGUGUAGAGGUGUGCGCCUGUGGUCCCAGGCCCAUGAGGCCGAGAUGGGACGAUCACAGCAGCUCUCUGGCCAGCCAGUCUAGCCAAUUGGUAAGCUCUAGGACCAGUGAGAGAUGGCUACCUCAAAAAUAAAGGGGGAGCAAUAGGGAAGUUUCCAAAUGACAGCCUCUGACCUCCACACUUGCAUGCAUCCUCAGACACACACACACCCCUGUAGUGUCAGACAAACGUCUAUUCACCUCAGAUAAGGAAACAAUGACAGACCAAAGUCAUGAUUAAACUACCAAAGUUUAACUUGGCUUUAUUUUUUUUCAAUUUCUUAAAAAAAAAGACUUGGAAGCACAUACCUCCAAACUUACCUUAUCUGACAUUCUAAGGUAAAUUUAUGUCAUUGAGUGAAGGCAAUGCUCCCUGAAUUACCAAGAGGAGAUAUUAUAUAUUUGCAUUUAUUGUCCUUUGUAAAAAAAUGUCAAGCAUAUUGAUAGAUUUCAUCAAACCAUGUGAUUUAUUUUAUUUUUCUUUAAAAAUUGUUUAAAGUGCUAAGUAUUAACCUGAGUUAGUGGCAGCUUCUAAGCACCAUUUUUAAACAUUUGGGUAACUUCAAAAAGUCGAUAAAAGAAUAGAGACAGUCCUGGAAAUUAUCUGGAAUUGAUUUUUUAAUAGUGAAGUAGUUAAUAUGUUACAAAAAUAAAUGGUUGGCAGUUUACUCUCACUGGCCAUCAGGUAAAAUAAAAACCAGUGGACCUGGACAACGAUCAGAGUUCAAGGGGCUGAGGGCUCAGACCCACUAUUCUUUCCUGGCCCUCUCCACCAUGAGGGGAAACCAGCAACCCACACUGGUCUCGCUUUUACUGUUUCUGCUUCUUCCCAGAGAUGCCACAGCUACUGCAAAACCACAAUAUGUGGUGCUGGUCCCAUCACAGCUCUAUGCAGGAGUUUCUGAAAAGGCCUGUGUCAACCUCCACCACCUGAAUGAGACUGUGACACUCAACAUAAUUCUAGAGUAUGAAACCCAGAUCACAAGCCUCCUCACAGGCCAGGCGGUAGAGAAGGACUCCUUCUACUGCAGCGCUUUCACGAUCUCAGGUUUGCCAUCAUCCUCAGCAUUCAUUACGGUGCAGAUACAGGGGCCAACCCAGAACUUCACAAAGAGGAAGCCAAUGCAGAUAACAAAAGCGGACAGCCUAGUCUUUGUCCAGACAGACAAACCCAUAUACAAACCAGGACAAACAGUGAAAUUCCGUGUUGUCUCUGUGGACAUCAGUUUUCAUCCAUUGAACGAAACGUUCCCUGUCAUUUAUAUUGAGAAUCCUAAGAGGAACCGAAUUUUUCAAUGGCAAAACAUCGAUCUACUGGUAGGACUCCACCAGCUCUCUUUCCCACUGUCAGAUGAACCAGCUCUAGGUAACUACAAGGUUGUAGUGCAGAAGGACUCGGGGAAGAAAAUAGAGCACUCCUUUAAAGUGGACGAAUACGUUUUACCCAAAUUUGAGGUGCAAGUAAAAAUGCCCAAGACCAUUGCUUUCCUGGAAGAGGAAUUUGUUGUAUCUGCCUGCGGCUUAUACACAUAUGGAAAGCCCGUUCCCGGUCUGGUGACAAUUAGCGUGUGCAGAAUGUAUUCACGAUACCGCUCUAACUGCCAUGGCCAAAAUUCACAAAGUAUCUGUGAAGAAUUCAGCAAACAAGCAGAUGAUAAAGGAUGUUUCAGACAAGUUAUAAAAACCAAAGUAUUUCAGCCAAGACAGAAGGGCUAUGACAUGACAAUAGAAGUGGAAGCCAAAGUCAAAGAGGAGGGAACAGGAAUGGAACUAUCUGGUUAUGGAUCUUGUGAAAUAACAAAUACCUUAAGCAAACUGACAUUUACUAAAGUGGAUACACAUUACAGGCCUGGACUACCUUUCUUUGGGCAGCUUCUUCUUGUUGACGAGAAGGAUCAGCCAAUGCCCAACAAAAACAUAUCUGUCCGAGUGGAUCUAGCUAGGUACCAGUCCACGUUUACUACUGAUGAGCAUGGCUUGGUCAACAUUGUCAUUGACACUUCCAACUUCACAUCUUCAUUCAUAGGUUUCUCGGCCGUCUAUAAGGAAAACAAUAUGUGUUAUGAUAACUGGUGGCUUGACGAAUUUCACACACAAGCACAUCAUUCUGCAAAUCGUAUCUUUUCCCCAAGCAAGAGUUAUAUUCAUCUUGAACUUGUUUUUGGUACUUUGGCCUGUGGGCAAACUCAGGAGAUUCGGACAUACUACAUCUUAAACAGAGAUAUCCUGGGGGAUGAAAAAGACUUAACCUUUUACUAUCUGGUCAAAGCAAGGGGAAGCAUCUUCAGCUCAGGAAGUCACAUGUUAUCACUUGAACAAGGAGUCAAAGGAACGUUUUCCUUCCCAAUUCAAGUGGAGCCAGGCAUGGCUCCCGUGGCUCAGCUGCUCAUGUAUGCGAUUUUACCUGAUGGGGAAAUUGUCGUCGAUACUCAGAAACUCCAAAUCGAAAACUGCUUUGCCAAUAAGGUAAAUCUGAGUUUCUCACCAGCGCAGAGCCUCCCAGCCUCUGAUGCCCACCUGAAGGUCACAGCCACGCCCUUGUCCCUCUGCGCCCUUCGUGCGGUAGACCAGAGCGUGCUGCUACUGAAGCCGGAAGCCGAGCUCUCGCCUCAGACAAUCUAUAAUUUGCUGCCAGUGAAGUCUCCCCAGGGUGUUCAGUACGGUGGCCCAAUGUAUGAGUACAGUGAAAACUGCAUCAAAGCACCCGAAAUCACUCACAAUGGGAUCGUGUACAUACCGAAGCAGGACCCAAGCGAUGACGACGCCAACAGCGUUUUUGAGUCUGUAGGAUUAAAUAUUUUUACCAACUCCAAAAUCCACAAACCACACUUUUGCUAUUUGCCUCAAGUCUAUCCAGGAGUGCCUGUGGCCUAUGGAGGUAAAGCACCUCAAGCCUUACCUAUGGCGUCAGUGGCAGGAGCAGGCUUCAGAACAAUGAGCUACUCAGUCAGCAUGAGUGAAGAUCUUCAAGAGGUGCAAGUCAGAGACACAGUGCGGAAGUUUUUCCCAGAAACCUGGAUCUGGGACAUGGUGCCACUGGACGUAUCGGGCGGCAGUGAGCUGGCAGUGAAGGUCCCUGACUCCAUCACUGAGUGGAAGGCCAGCGCAUUCUGCUUGUCUGGAGCUACUGGCCUUGGUCUCUCCCCCACCAUCUCUCUUCAAGUCUUCCAGCCCUUCUUCCUGGAACUCACCCUCCCCUACUCUGUGGUGCGGGGAGAAGCCUUCACCCUCAAAGCCACAGUGUUCAAUUACAUGUCUCACUGCAUUCGGAUCCGUGUGGACCUGGAGAUCUCUCCUGACUUCCUGGCAGUCCCAGUAGGGGGCCACGAAGACUCCCACUGCAUCUGUGGAAAUGGAAGGAAAACUGUGUCCUGGGCUGUGACCCCGAAGUCGCUGGGGGAGGUGAACUUCACAGCUACCGCAGAAGCUCUGCAGUCUUCAGAGUUGUGUGGCAACGAGGUGGCAGAAGUACCAGACCUUAUACGGAAGGACACUGUGGUCAAGCCCUUAAUAGUCGAGCCUGAAGGAAUCGAGAAGGAGCAAACAUUCAACACACUGUUAUGUGCAUCAGGUACUGAACUACUUAACCGGUGGUCGCUGGACCUCCCACCCAAUGUGGUUGAAGGAUCUGCUAGGGCUACAUACUCUGUUUUGGGUGAUAUACUAGGCUCUGCAAUGCAAAACCUCCAAAAUCUUCUCCAGAUGCCCUACGGCUGUGGAGAACAAAACAUGGUCCUUUUUGUCCCUAACAUCUAUGUUCUAAACUAUCUGAACGAGACACAACAGUUGACGGAGACCAUCAAGUCCAAAGCCAUUAGCUACCUCAUCAGUGGGUAUCAGAGGCAGCUGAACUAUCAGCACAGUGAUGGCUCAUACAGCACAUUUGGGGGUCAUGGUGGGAACAGCCAGGGAAAUACUUGGCUCACUGCAUUUGUGCUCAAGGCCUUUGCUCAAGCUCAGUCACACAUCUUUAUAGAGAAGACACACAUCACCAAAGCUCUCAACUGGCUCUCGGGGAAACAAAAGGAAACCGGUUGUUUCCAACAGUCCGGAUCCCUGCUUAACAAUGCUAUGAAGGGUGGCGUGGACGAUGAGGUGACACUCUCUGCCUACAUCACCAUUGCUCUGCUGGAGAUUCCACUGGCUGUCAGUCACAGCAUUGUCCGCAAUGCUCUAUUUUGCCUGGAAACAGCCUGGGCCUCCAUCUCAGAGAGCCAAGGAAGUCAUAUCUAUACCAAGGCAUUGUUGGCCUAUGCCUUCGCACUGGCAGGAAACCAAGCCAAGCGAAAUGAGCUGCUUGAAUCAUUAAACAGAGAGGCUGUGAAAGAAGAGGAUUCAAUCCACUGGCAACGUCCUGGGAAUGUUCAGGAAGUGAAGACACCCUAUUACCAACCGCGGGCCCCUUCUGCUGAAGUGGAAAUGACAGCUUACGUGCUUCUUGCCUAUCUUACGGCUUUGCCUUCCCCAUCCUCAGAGGACCUGUCUUCAGCAUCCCAAAUUGUGAAAUGGAUCAUCAGGCAACAGAACUCCCAUGGGGGUUUCUCCUCCACUCAGGAUACAGUGGUGGCUCUCCAAGCUCUCUCCAAAUAUGGAGCAGCCACGUUCACAAGAAGUAAGAAAGAAGCGUUGGUCACCAUCAAGUCUUCAGGGACCUUCUCUCAGGAGUUCCAUGUUCACAAUACCAACCGCCUGCUGCUGCAGGAAGUCAGGCUUCCAGAUCUUCCGGGAAAUUAUGCCACCACAGUGUCAGGGUCAGGAUGUGUGUACCUCCAGACAUCUCUAAAAUACAACAUCCUUCCAAAGACAGACGGGAAAGCACCCUUCACUCUUCAUGUUGAUACUCUCCCCCUAAACGUUGAUGAUCACAGAACAUUCCAGAUUCACAUCAACAUAAGUUAUACUGGAGAACGACCCAGCUCCAACAUGGUCAUUGUUGAUGUGAAGAUGGUAUCAGGCUUCAUACCUGUGAAGCCAUCUGUGAAAAAGCUCCAAACCCAGCCUAACAUUCAGAGGACUGAAGUGAACACCAACCAUAUUCUAGUCUACAUUGAAAAGCUAACCAACCAAAUCCUGAGUUUCUCCUUCUUGGUGGAACAAGACAUCCCAGUAAAGAACUUAAAACCAGCGCCAAUAAAAGUCUAUGAUUAUUACGAGACAGGUAAGUGGAACCCAGAUACGCCGAGUUUUGAUAGGAAAUGGCUGGAUUAUUCUGGAAAGGGUUUACUCACAAUUAACUGCUUUCUGCCCAAUUAUUUCUGUGUUCUAGAUGAAUUCGCCAUUGAAGAAUACAGUUCCCUUUCAGCACUGGAACGACAGGAGAGGUCUGGAGCAGAACAGUUACCAGAGCGCACCUCUCCUGCAUCUCAGGACCCUGAGAACUGCAGCGCGCUGGCCACUAGGAAACUCUCUGUGUCUUCCCAGGAGCUUCUUGCUUAA